UAAUAAAAUAAUAACAAACAAAGCAGAGAUUACGCUCCUUUACGCUCAGUUCGUGUGCGCGUCUCAACGGGAAAAGAUGUCGACUGACGCGAUAAGCCGCGCUACCAUUUAAAGCGCAUUAUAAGCUAUCAACUUUAAUUAAUAAAUACAUAAUCUUCGACGAUACGACGCUUAUCACCUGAAUUAAUACAAAUUUUUUUCGAUUAAAAACAGUCCGUUGUUGACUUUGCUGCGAAACGGAGGUAUUUGAACUUCGCGCCAAAACACGUCAAAACAAACAAUUAAUUCGAGAAUUAAUUAGAGAGUCAAUAUUUAUCCAAAUUUUCCAAAUAAACAAACAAUUAAAAAUUAAUUUGUGAUCAAAAAAUUUCAAAACAAUGAAAGAUCAAAGAACAUAACCUCAAAAAAAGCAAAAAUUGAGGUUAUCAUGCGCCAUUUUGUUUUUUUUUUGUUAAACAAAGAAAAAAUUAAUUCUUAAAGACUUAAUAAAUAAAAGUUCUGUGAUCAAAAGUCAUUUAAAAUAAAAAAAAAAUAAAGAAUGCUCAUCAGGUUGACGUCGUUUAUAGUUGUCGCCCAGGCGAUUAUUGUGAUAACAGCUAAUCGGAAGGCUGACAAUUCCCUAUCUCGGAUUCGGCGCGAUCGCCCCAAACAAAACGACACAGACAUUAGUCGCCUUAUUGAAAUGGAAAUCGGCUCCAAUAUUCAGAUGAAUUGUACUAUUAGUCCCGAUCACUUACCUUUUAACCAAAAUUCCUCCGUUGUGUGGUACUUCAAGCCAUGCACGAGCAUUUUCUGUGAUGAUAGUUAUAAUUAUUCCGAAGUUUCGAACGAAACGGAAUGGAUUCAGUUGAAUCACAGCACUCCGAUACUCAAAAUUUCCGAUUUGGAUGUCGAUCGGGACUCGGGGUUGUAUCGUUGCUCCGUUGAGCCAUACAAAGUGCGCGAAAAUGUGACACUCAACAUUCAGUUUGUCAUGAAUCAUCAUUUGGUUGUGAUUGACAGCAAACGAAGAAUUCCUCACAUUUUGGAUCGCACGCCGGCAAAUAUUUCCACGUACGAAGGUCAAACGGCGAUUUUCCAUUGUCGCGUACGCGGUGACGAAACCACGAGUAUCCGAUGGUACAAAAGGGGCAUGCCACACACGGGAGACUCGUUGGCAACUGCCCGAUCUAUCACAUAUUUGAACGUCAAGUACGACUUGAUCCGUGCCGGCGACCAGAAAAAACUCGCUGACGACUUGUACUUGAGCAAACUCAUGCUAACGGGCGUCUUGAUACGAGAUAGCGGCAUUUAUGGAUGUGCUGCCAUGAGUUAUGGCGGCUUCCAAAAGCAAGAAGCUUACCUAAAUGUCACGCGGGCUCCCGUGGGAAGCGAUUCCAUCAAAAUUACGAGUUCACAGGAAAUUCGAAGCUUUUUUUGGCUGUUUGCGAUCCCAAUUUGUCUGUUUAUUCUGCUUCCGUGCAUCAUUUGGAUGUGGUUUCAUACGUACAAGAAACAGUGCACGAUGGAAAAACGCUUGGAGCCCGAGGGAGGAUCCAGUCGAUGGAUUGCAAAACCAAAAAACGGAAAAAAUCCGUAUUUAAUCGUUAAUUUAGACGUCAUUUAAUAAAAAAAAAUAAUUUUUUUAUGAAUUUUUUAAAAUUAA